AUGUCAAACCCACGGUCUGACAUUUCACCGCUGGAUGGAACGAAACAAGGUGAUCCGCGCAAGAGUUCGUUGCAGUCGAGCGUAAAUGCUCCUGUGGGCGCUUUGGAUCUUGGGAUCGAUCUUUCCUUGGGAUCUGAGGGCGGGGCCACGAGUAAAAAUGCGCCUACAGCAGCAAUAGUAGAUGUUUUGGGCCCAGGUGCGAACGAUCAAGUCGCCGCUGGUAUAGCACGCAGUGUACCGUCGGAUCCCGGUUCCGUGGGAGUUAUAAAUGAUGCUAGUCACAAUUCCCAGAUAACGAGGUCAGAACCUGUUCCUACAAGCGUGCCGAAUGGUAAUGGACUUAAAGGAUCUUCACGGUACGUUCCGGGGAGCCCCGAGUCAGCCGCGAUCAGUUCUACGAACUCAACAACGACAAACGUUCAGAUUUGCCAACGUUUGGACGAAGUCGCUGCACGUUUGAUAACGAUGGAAAACUCCUUUAACAAGCUUCACUACAAGCUUUUUGAACAAGAGUCGACCAUUCAACAGCUGAAAAUUCAAAACGAAAGGGUCUCAAAUGCGAUUCUGACAGAAUUGCGAAAAAUAACUUCCACGAUCCCAGUUCCGCACGAUAACGACGACAACGAGAAGGACGGGUUUGUGACGGACUUAUUAAACUCCAUCACCAACGUGAGUUCGAAUUAUUUGCAAAAGAUCAAGUCGCGGAAUUCGCAAAAGGGCAAGCGGCAUAGGAAUUCGAUAAGUGGCAAUGUUUCAUCUUCCGAAAAUCAGACCAGCCCUGCUUUCAUAAACGAACGAAAUGGGAAUUUCGCUGUCCAUGAACAACACACGCCUAAAAAUCAGCCGCUUAACUUGGGGAAUGCAAGUGAGCCAGCACUUGGGGUGCCGCGCUACUUGUCACAACAAUCUUUUACUUUGAAUCCCAACGGUAUAAAAAAGCGUAAAGUCAAAGGCGGGCUCUCUGCGUCAAGGGCCGUCACUAUGCAUCCUUCUUAUCAAGAUCUCGUGCCAGCAAGUGGCAUGGGGUCCAUAAGUUUUCCUUGUCUCACGUUGGACAGUCUUGUAAGGCGCAACAAUUUGAGCGAUGAGCAAAACAUCAAUGGGAGUUCUAAUCUGGGCGCUAUACCUGCCCCGCUAAGCGCUGGUCGAAGAGGUGUUGACAUACAGAUCGGGUCCGGUGAUGAGGGCAUAUCUGAAGCAAAUACUUCCGAUUCUACAAACGAUGAGGAUGGGUACCAAGAGGAUGACGAGGAUAGACGAGGCAGCUCAGACACAGAAAAAUCCUUUACAGCGUCAAAAUACGGCAUUCAAAGGGGAGGUGGGCAUAACGAUGCCAAUAUGGAGAGAUCUGCAAGUAAAAAUAGGCAUACAAACGGUGGGCACGAACCAACGAAAAAUGACGGCGCUUCGACCAAUGAAUACAAUGAGCCUGCAGUACAACACACCGAAGAUCUGUCGGUAGGCGUGGCAAAAAAAGCGGCAGGUAGUAGCGGCGGUGCCGGUCUGGAUGGACUCGCAGUGCCGCCGCAGCGAGGGACAGCAGCGAGGGACAGCAAUGAAGAUCACGAUCACGUGACCACGGCCUCUCGUUCAGAGGAACGAGAUGCCGAUCUCAAUUACACUCUGCUAAAGGCUCCUGCCAACGUCAGAGCUAUAUGGCAAGAAUAUAUCAACGGGCUUGAUGGAAACCCACCGGUCAAAUAUCUCGAGGAAACUUACGGGAACAAGUGGCGGCUAAAAAAAAAUGUCAAGACGUUUGCGCGACGCAAGCGGCUCUACAAGUUCAUACAAAAUGGCAUUAAGAAAGGUCGCUCCGCCGAAGAGAUGAUAGACCUGCUCGAGAAAAGACGCAUUUACAAAAACGAGCAUGGCGAGAUAAAAAAGCGCACGAUAGGGUGGCUUCAGCAGAGCUUGAGCGGCAUAUGA